UCUUGGACCGGGCCCGGUCAGCUUCCGCGGAGCCAUCGGCAGACGCCGCGGCCUCCCUAGAGCCCCGACCCCGUCUUCAGAACCACCCCGGGCCCAUUUAUCCCCACCCCACUUCCGCUCCGCGCCGCUAUCGCGAUAGCACCCGGGCCUGGGGCGCGAGAAAAAGGCGGCGGGUGCUCGCCUCCCCCGCCUGUCGCGAUACGCUCCUCAGCGGCGGCGCCAGCUCCUGUGCAGCGUCUGUCUCCAAGGGAGUAUGAAGAGAGGGCAUCUGUAGGGCAGGGAAGAUGGCGGACAAGCGCAAACUCCAGGGUGAGAUUGAUCGCUGCCUCAAGAAGGUGUCCGAGGGUGUGGAACAGUUUGAAGAUAUCUGGCAGAAGCUCCACAAUGCAGCCAAUGCGAACCAGAAAGAAAAGUAUGAGGCUGACCUGAAGAAGGAGAUUAAGAAGCUUCAACGGCUGAGGGACCAGAUCAAGACAUGGGUGGCAUCCAACGAGAUCAAGGACAAGAGGCAGCUCAUAGACAACCGCAAGCUCAUUGAGACGCAAAUGGAACGGUUCAAAGUUGUGGAACGAGAGACCAAAACCAAAGCCUAUAGCAAGGAGGGCCUGGGCCUGGCCCAGAAGGUGGACCCUGCCCAGAAGGAGAAGGAAGAGGUCGGCCAGUGGCUCACGAAUACCAUCGACACCCUGAACAUGCAGGUGGACCAGUUUGAGAGUGAAGUGGAGUCGCUGUCAGUGCAGACACGCAAGAAGAAGGGUGACAAGGAUAAGCAGGACCGAAUCGAAGGCUUGAAGCGGCACAUCGAGAAGCACCGCUACCACGUGCGCAUGCUGGAGACCAUCCUGCGCAUGCUGGACAACGACUCCAUCCUGGUGGACGCCAUCCGCAAGAUCAAGGACGACGUCGAGUACUAUGUCGACUCAUCCCAGGACCCUGACUUUGAGGAGAACGAGUUCCUCUAUGACGACCUGGACCUCGAGGACAUUCCACAGGCGCUGGUCGCCACCUCCCCCCCCAGCCACAGUCACAUGGAGGAUGAGAUCUUCAACCAGUCCAGCAGCACACCCACCUCGACCACCUCCAGCUCCCCCAUCCCACCCAGUCCAGCCAACUGUACCACGGAGAACUCUGAGGAUGAUAAGAAGAGGGGACGCUCGACAGAUAGUGAAGUCAGCCAGUCUCCGGCCAAAAACGGCUGCAAGCCGGUCCACAGCCACCAGCACCCUCAGUCCCCAGCCGUGCCGCCCAGCUACUCCUCCGCUCCCUCGCCCGCCGCACCCCUGAGCACGACCCCUGGCGGCAACGGGGCCCCCGCCCCUGCAGCUCCCCCAAGUGCCCUGGGCCCCAAGGCCAGCCCAGCCCCCAGCCACAACUCAGGCACCCCGGCCCCCUACGCCCAAGCUGUGGCCCCUCCCGCCCCCAGUGGGCCCAGCGCUGCCCAGCCAGAGAGCGGCUGCAGCGGCGCCAGGGACACCCAGGACUGGGAGAGGAGGAGCAGCAACGGCGGCGGCGGCGGCAACUCUGGAGGAGCCAGAAACAACCCCCCCGCGCGCGACAGGGAGAGGAGGAGCAGCAACGGCGGCGGCGGCGGCAACUCUGGUGGCCAGCCCCUGGGCCCCCCACCGGGCCCCCACAGCGCACCCUCCAGCACCUCGAAGGAACCCAGUGCGGCAGCCCCAACGGGGGCUGGGGGCGUUGCCCCAGGCUCAGGGAACAACUCUGGGGGACCCAGCCUCCUAGUGCCACUUCCCGUGAACCCUCCCAGUUCCCCAACACCCAGCUUCAGUGAGGCCAAGACGGCCGGCGCCCUGCUCAACGGCCCUCCACAGUUCAGCACCGCGCCGGACAUCAAGGCCCCCGAACCUCUGAGCUCUCUCAAGUCCAUGGCGGAGCGGGCAGCCAUCAGCUCCGGCAUUGAGGACCCUGUGCCAACGCUGCACCUGACUGAACGUGACAUCAUCCUGAGCAGCACGUCGGCCCCUCCAGCUUCGGCCCAGCCACCCCUCCAGCUGUCAGAGGUGAACAUACCCCUCUCGCUGGGGGUGUGUCCACUGGGACCUGUGCCCCUCACCAAGGAGCAGCUCUACCAGCAGGCCAUGGAGGAGGCCGCCUGGCACCACAUGCCCCACCCCUCGGACUCCGAGCGUAUCCGGCAGUACCUCCCCAGGAACCCCUGUCCGACGCCCCCCUACCACCACCAGAUGCCACCCCCACACUCGGACACUGUGGAGUUCUACCAGCGCCUGUCGACCGAGACGCUCUUCUUCAUCUUCUACUAUCUGGAGGGCACUAAGGCGCAGUACCUGGCAGCCAAGGCCCUGAAGAAGCAGUCGUGGCGAUUCCACACCAAGUACAUGAUGUGGUUCCAGAGGCAUGAGGAGCCCAAGACCAUCACUGAUGAGUUUGAGCAGGGCACCUACAUCUACUUUGACUACGAGAAGUGGGGCCAGCGGAAGAAGGAAGGCUUCACCUUUGAGUACCGCUACCUGGAGGACCGGGACCUCCAGUGACACCGGCCCCUCCCACGGUCCCCCCCACCCCCCGCAUGCUGAUCCCCUGCCCAGCGAGGGCCCUGCCCUGGAAGACAGGGGAGGCCCUAAGCCUUGGGGCAGCCCCCUCCCCCAGGAAGCAGGGAGGGGGCUGAGAGGUAUUCUCUCAGUCCCAGCCUGGGGGUCCGGGGGCGAGGGCUGCCCCCUCCUCCCCUCCCCAGUGAGGGACAUUUUUUGGUAAACCUAUUUUCAUUU